UAGCGUCAGACUUAACGCCGUUGGAGGUGUGGAUGGAGGCGAAUCGUCUUGGAGUAAAAUAGCCACUGUGAGAAGUUUUGCUUUCUUUUUUAUUGUCAGGUAGCAGCCUUUGGAGCAUGUUCGGGUUUUUUAUGACGAACCGAAGGCUGCGUUUCCAUGAUGGCAACAGCAACACAGCUGUUUCUUCCAUGACAUGACAGCAGAGUCGAAAACUACAGGAGCGAAAGUUUGAACAACGACUUCACUGUUUCUAAAAGUAUUCCAGUUAUUAACGUUAGAAGAAAAAAAAAACAAACAAACAAACUGCCGCAACUAUGGAAAACUUUGCCUUGUUCUGGAUUUGGGCAUUUGUUUUUUGUCUCUGCUUCGGAACGACUAAGUGUCACUUUUCAAUACCGCUGAAAAUGUACCCGGGGAAGUAUAAUUUAUCCACUGAGGCGAGUUUGUCUUCUGUUCGGGUGGUAGCGCUAAAAUCAGAUGGAGACGGCCUCUCUCUGGCCUCUGAUCCCAGCGGUACUAUCAACUUUCUGGACAUGGUCAAUAACCUCCAAGGGGACUCUGGAAGAGGCUACUACAUAGAAAUGUCUGUUGGCACUCCUGGCCAAAAGCUCAACAUCCUGGUGGAUACAGGCAGCAGUAACUUUGCUGUGGCUGCUGCUCCACACACAUUUAUUACUCACUACUUCAACACUGCACUCUCUAGUACCUACCAGUCAACUGGUCGCCCGGUAGCUGUCAGGUACACACAAGGCAGCUUGAAAGGUGAGCUGGGAACUGACUUCGUCUCCAUCCCCAAGGGCCCAAAUGGAACCAUCGGCAUUAACAUCGCUGCCAUCCUGUCUUCUGACGGUUUCUUCUUGCCUGGGAUCAACUGGCAAGGCAUCCUGGGGCUGGCCUAUCCAGAGCUGGCACAGCCCGACUCCGUCGUGGAGCCGUUCUUCAAUUCUGUGGUGAACCAGCUGGGAAUUCCCGACAUGUUUUCUCUUCAAAUGUGCGGGGCUGGACUGGCACCCAGCAGCACAGUCGACCCUCCUGCGGGCAGCCUUAUAAUGGGUGGGGCUGAACCAGCUCUCUAUCGGGGGUCCAUUUGGUACACCCCUAUCAUACAGGAGUGGUACUACCAAGUGGAGGUUUUGAAGCUGGAAGUUGGAGAGCAGAAUCUGAAUCUGGACUGUAAAGAGUAUAACACAGAUAAAGCCUUCGUUGACAGCGGGACGACACUGCUGAGACUUCCUAUCAAUGUCUUCAAUGCGGUGGUAGACGCCAUCACACGCAACUCUAAGAUCGACAGUUUUUCUCCAGGGUUCUGGGAUGGCACCAAGCUUGCAUGCUGGAAGAAGAGUGAGAACCUGUGGAAAUUGUUCCCAAAGCUCUCAAUCUACCUAAGAGCUACCAACAUCAGCCAGUCCUUCCGCAUUACCAUCCUGCCUCUGCUUUACCUCCAGCCAGUCACAGACGUGGACGACAUGGUCUGCUUUCGUUUUUGUGUGACCUCAUCAGCUAACAGCCUGGUGAUUGGUGCCACCGUUAUGGAAGGUUUCUACGUGGUGUUUGACCGUGCCCAGAAGAGACUGGGCUUCGCUCUCAGCAGUUGUGCAGUGAGCGAUGGAGAGGCUCUUUCGGAAAUCACCGGGCCCUUCUCAGUAGCAGACGUGGCGGCAGACUGCACCGUCAGCGUGCCAAAGGAGCCCGUCCUGUGGAUGAUCUCCUACGCCCUGGUGGCUGUCUGUGCCCUGAUCCUCAUCGGCCUGCUGCUGCUGCUGCUCCUACCCUGCAGGCAUCUCGACCGCGGGGAGAUCACAGAUGAGUCCUCGCUGGUGCGGCACCGCAUCAAGUGACUGCGGGGAAAUGGACGGGUGAACACAGUCAAAAGGCUGGGGAACAGCGGACAGAGCCCGUCCACAGCUGUGGAGUUGGGGGUGGGGGUCAGUCUGCACUGAUCAGCUGCACUGAAUAUCAAACUGAGUUUAGACUGCACUCAUCAGCUUGACCCAUGGAGGUAGACGAACAGACAUUUCAGCUGCCUCUUAAAGGGAAUUUUCACCCAAAAACAUCCUGUAACAACUGCUAGAGCUGAAUGUAUGUUGUAGCUUUUUACUCAGUGGUUUAUUUUUCUUUCUCCCACUUCUAAUCAAACAAGGUGAACAGUGUCCAGAAGAAGAUGGACAGACCAUAGCCUUUUUGAACCUUAAUGCACCAAAGUCUUGUGGUUCUGGUUACGGCUCAUUUUUUCCCUAAUGAGAAGACAAAUACACUAAGAGUUUGUUCUCUCUUUCUACAUCUCACUUGUCCCAGGGUAUUUAACAAAAUGUAGGACAUAACAUAUGAAGCUCCACCAAACUAUAACAAAGAGGCACAAAGUAGCUCGUCUCUUUGCUGCACAUGAACCCAGCCAUGAAUAGUAUUAGACAAUCAUAGAUAGGGAGACGGGGAGCACUUUUAGACCUGCUGUGUAUUAUUAUUCAAGGGGCACAUGAUUUUAAGUUACUGUUGAUUAUAACAGAUCUUUCCUUUUUGCAUUUUACAACACAUGCCAAUUCUUUGAUUUGGUUGUUGGGACUUCAUGUAUGCUGGCACACUAGUCUUCAGUGGAGCAACUUGACCAUGAGUAAAAUGAGUUUUGGGAGAUUAAAAAUGCUCAAAUAACCAUUGGUAGUACUAUUAAUACAGGUUUACAGAGCCUGUAGUGCCUUUAUUUCUUAGCUUUCUGCUCAGACAAACUGAUAAACCGUAUCAGCAGGUUGAGACUUACUUUCCUGAAUUGCACUUUGCUUCCAAAGUCAAUCAACAGUAAGAUACAAAGUGAUGGAUCAAUAUCUGUGGUAUGAAAUUUGUUUUUUGUAUUAUUGUAAUUUUUAUAAAUCUGUACAUGUUCAGAUUUAUAUAUUUUAGUUUAUUUGACUGUUAUUGUGCUAUUAUUUCCAACCCUGUUGCCUAAUGUACAAAGCUAUUUCAGAGCACCUCUUGUUUGACAAAGCAAACACUGCAGGUGAAGAUUUCCUGAAACACCCACUCAUUCUGGGUAGGACUACAAUUAUCGUUCGGGCACAUCUGACUUCAUGGCUACUAAAUAAAAAGUCUUGCACAUCGCUGUGACACAGCAGACAACUUCUGUUCUAGGCCCAGAUGAAUGCUACACCAGAAGGCUCUUUAGUGGAGAGACUAAUACACAUCAUCCCAGCUAUGUGUGGAAUAAUGUAGAUUUAAUCUUCAAUGAGAUGUCCUGAGCUACACACUCGUACUGUACAUCGAUGUUGCCCAAAGUCUGAGCUGUAAAACUUUCUUUGGAGGUACACAAGAAUAUUAGCUGUUCAUUUGUUUACCAGUGUAUGUUUUCUUUGUCAAACAUCGGAACUGUGCUGUAAAUAAAACAAUUUGGGACAAAUUAGACAUUUUAAAUGAAUAAAUAUUUUGGGAGCCGAAGAGAAAAA